AGUACUGCAUACUGUCUACGUUGGGUGAGUACUGCGCGACUGCCAAGCAUCGGGGAAGGAGGCUGGCAGGGCAUGCUCGAGCUGAGCGUUCUCAGCGGCACUUCGUACAGCACCUCUUUGAUACUUCACGCAGCAUCUCCCUCCUGGAUAUUUCACACAUUAUCAGAGCACCAUCAGCAGCAGCAGCAGCACGAGGAGGGCGCAUCUCUCUCCUUCGACAACUACCCUGGCGCCUUGUUGCAGCAGCAGCAGCAGCAGCAGCAGAAGUCAGAGCAACGAGAAGAGCAUGAGGAGCAGACGAGGAAGAAGGAGAGGAACAAGAAUGCACUGAAGUGGAGGAGAGGACCAAGGAGUCAAAGGUCUUAUGCUAGGGUUCUGAGGAAUUUGAAUCAGCUGAGCCGGGGCCGGAUCGUCCGAGCUGCAAGUAUGAUUGCUAGUGCUCAGCCGGGUAACGAUGACAUGCCAGUGGAAGGCGCUGAGGUUUUCAAGCAUCCUCCCGUUGACCAACCGUUGGGAUGGGAUCUCUCGACUGUCAGCGACGAAACUUUGGCCUCACUAUGGAAGUAUGUGAAGAACUGUCGGAAGCGGGAACGGCGAAAGGCGGAUCGCAACAAGAAGCUUUCUGAAUCUGUGGCCGCAAGAUACGCGAAGGAUGUUGACUGCGAGCUUUCUGAAUCUUUGCAAACAUUGGUCGAAGUAGACGAGACUGUUGACGCUGGCACACAGCAUUGUCAUCAUCAUCAUCAUCAUCAGCAGCAGCAGCAUCGUCAGCAUGAUACAGACUCCUUUGUCGAUCAAAUGGAUGACGACUUGGAUCGGACGGUGGACGUUCCACGACAAGAUCCACAAUCUUGUUCCGUCCAUCAUCAUCGUGACAACAACCACCACAUCAACAACUGCGGUGAACCAUUUCACUCUCUAAGUUUCUGGGCCUGUGAUGGGCUAUGGUGGCGUAAUCGCAGGGGGAGGAUCGCAGAGCUUGAGGAAGGGAACCUAACAGUGGCAACAGAUGAGACGGAUUUGAAUUGCAGGCGAUAUCUGUCAAAGACGUCGACCGUGGAGGCAGGCACCGGUUUGAAUACCCUGGAGAUUGCUUCAGGACAUGCGUGUGCUGUUUCUUCUGCCAUUGAUGCCAAUCAUUCAGCGAUUGAAGAAGAACACAAAAUGAACGAUGUAAUGCGAAACUUCUCUGUCAUGCACCUUCAGCCUUUGGGUGCUGCUAGCAGCAGCAAGUGCAAGAACGUAUGCGCGCCAGAAAGAGGACUAGAUACCGUGUGUGGAGUUUAAACUUUAAAUGCAGGUUAACUUGCAGAACAAGAAUGUAUGUAAAUGAGGAUAGGUAUGUGAUUGACAAAGGAUAUGUAGUAUAUGUAGUAAAUGAAUGGAUGAAUGAAUGAAUGUGAAUGGCAAUAUGUGACCAAGUACGCAUGACACGAACUUGAAGUCGCAAACUAACAUGAACUUCAAGCCUGAUGAACGCACGUAGUGUGAAUGGAGAUGAUGGGAAUGCAUUAGCGAACGAGUGGGUGUUGUGCCGUAGUGUCGUCUGUUGAGGCUGAGGGGGCAUGUAAAAUGGAUGAGAGGUGUGCGUUGUGGUGUCGCGUGUCGAGGACGGCGUAUGUAAAAUGAAUGAGAGGUGUGCGUUGUGGUGUCGUGUCGUGUCGCGUGUCGAGGACGAUGUCUUAACCAGAUAGUCACAUGCAGAGUGUUUUUUGUAAGUACUACGUUAGUGGUGUCGUGUCGCGUGCCGAGGACGAUCUCGAUUGCCAUCUUUGGAGGCGGUCGUCUUUCUGAACCACCACAGUGCAGCCACGUGGGUGUAUUUGGGAUUUACUAAUUAGUAAUUACUAAUUAGUAAUCAGCCUGUAAUUAGAGUCUUUGAUUUGACUAAUUGCUAUAUGUGCGCGGUUGCUCGGAUUGGUGUUGAACUCAACAUAACUGAUGUCAUUAUCAAUGAACGCAACUUGACAAC